AUGUUCUAUUCAUUGGCAUUAUUAUUAUUUUUCAUUCACACAACUCAAGCAGUAGAAUCCAACUCAGUUCAAUGUCCUGAUGGUCAAUCAUAUUGUCCAGAUGGUCAAACGUGUUGUCAGUUAUCAACUGGUCAGUAUGGAUGUUGUCCAUUAGCGGAUGCUGUUUGUUGCAGCGAUCAUCUUCACUGUUGUCCACAUGGUUACACAUGUGACACUGAACAUAAUACAUGUAAAAAAGCAGACGCACUCGACAUUGUACCAAUAUUUAAGAAGUCGCCAUCAUUUAAAUUACACAAAAAAGAUAAUAGUUUAACUGAUGAAUCACUGCCUAUGGUCGACAUUCAUGAACCAAUUGAAAAAUGA